AUGAAAGGACCAGGCAGCUAUGUUCCUCCUCCAUAUAUCCCUCUCGAUCAGGAGGAUACCGACACCGAAAAUACUCCUGCAAAUGGUGUUCCCUAUCGCCAAUCUACAAUGCAGGAUCCAACACAAUGGUCAUCUGGAAUCUGUGCUUGCUUUGACGAUAUGCAGAGCUGUUGUGUUGGCACUGUCUGCCCUUGCUUCCUUUUCGGAAAGAAUGCAGAGUUCCUUGGGUCUGGCACACUGGCAGGGUCAUGCAUGACCCACUUCAUCUUGUGGGGCCUUGUCAACAGCCUCUGUUGUCUCUUCACCGGAGGCCUACUCGCCGGAGUCCCCGGAUCGAUGGUCGCUUGCUACGCUUGUGGAUAUCGUAAGACACUCCGCGCGAAAUACAAUCUGCAGGAAGCACCCUGCGGCGACUUGCCCACGCAUUUGUUCUGCCAUCUGUGUGCCCUUUGCCAAGAGUACCGAGAGAUUCGCGAGAGGUCGAAUGGCUCCUGCCCUACUCUGGCGCUCUCGCCUGUUGCUGCUCCUCCAACUCAGAUUAUGGAGAACGAUGGGAGGUGAUGCCUUAGUCAGAGAGUGAAAUACAAGCAAAUAUCAUACUUCACGGUUUUGAAUUGGUUUAUCAGUGUUCUUUCAUUGUUCAUGCUUUUCAGUAUGAUAACA